UUCGCCAAAUUUCAAUUAAGAACUCCUCUCUCUUUGCUUCUUCGGUCCGGUUUCCGCAGGAAUCCGGAGAGAUGGCUCGUACCAAGCAAACUGCUCGUAAGUCCACUGGAGGAAAGGCUCCCAGGAAGCAGCUUGCCACCAAGGCUGCUCGUAAAUCCGCUCCAACCACUGGAGGUGUGAAGAAGCCUCACAGAUAUCGCCCUGGAACUGUGGCUCUCCGCGAGAUUCGUAAGUAUCAGAAAAGCACAGAGCUGCUGAUUAGGAAGCUGCCUUUCCAAAGGCUUGUUCGUGAAAUUGCUCAGGACUUCAAGACUGAUCUGCGUUUCCAGAGCCAUGCUGUGUUGGCCUUGCAAGAAGCAGCUGAGGCUUACUUGGUGGGUCUCUUUGAGGAUACUAACCUCUGUGCCAUCCAUGCCAAGAGGGUCACCAUCAUGCCUAAGGACAUCCAGCUUGCAAGGAGGAUCAGGGGCGAGAGGGCUUAGGAUUGAUCCAUGGCUCAUCUCUCUACCAUGGACCUAUGCUACUGGUGUUUCUGAUUUCCUAGAGAAGACUUACUGAUGUUUCUGUUGCUUUCAUUUCAUGAGAUAGAAGGUCAUCUAUACUAAUUUGGUAGGGAUUCAUUUAUUUUUGUGUGUGCAUGGGAAUGUAUAAUUCUACUACUACCCUAUAGGCAUUAGCUUUAAUUCUGUUUCCUUUAUACUUCUGCAGUGACGUAUGUGUAGUCUUGAUGGGGAGAACUGAGGAUGAUGAUACUUGGCUUUCUUCAAUGGGUGUUUUGUGUUGGCAUGAUGCUUUUGGUUUAAA